GUGGGUCACUACUUCUUUGCUUUAAAGGAAUAAAAACCUUCUUUUCACUUUUUCAUGCCGUCCAAUUAAUCCUUUGAGAACAAUUCGUGAUGAAAUCAAUACGCUCAAGUCACCCCUCAACUCUGCCAAUGAAGGCAAUAAAAGGAAGAUGACGACAGAAAUUUCCUUGAACAUUUCACUCUGCAGGGCUGUUUGAUGUGCUCCCUAUUUGACCUCCCGUUAUUGUGCACACUCCAGCCGAGUUCUUGGUCAUGUUCUUGACACAAAGCCGGGCAUGCUGAGCAUCCUGCCAUCAGGACUGGUUUCCACCACUUUAUUUAGAUUCAAGCAACAGUUCACAGCUGCACAUGGAGCUGGGUUAUAAAGGAAUGCAAAACACAGGUGUCUCUGCGUACAGCCUUGAAGUCAUCACAUCUCGGAGUACGUAUUUACUGGCUGUGCCCCUUUUGUUUUCAGUUGAUGGACCUCAUUUGCUGUGUGGAUAAUGAGCUGAAGGCAGCUGUGUCUGGGCAAGAUGAGCAGCUGCUCUCUCAUUGGUCGGCUGCUUGUUGCUUGUGUCUGGAGAGGGAUGGUUUCAGGAUGUUUUUCCACAUGACAGAUCACUUAUCCACUUUCUCAACCCCCCCACUAUUUAUAUUUGGAGUUAAUUUUUUUUUCCUAUAACCUUCCUACACUUCCCUCUUCGACAUGGUGUUCUGUAGUAGAGAAUGAAACACCUCAUUCUGAGAAAAGGUGAAGAGGGAAAAGGUGAAUAGGUGAAUGGAAGUGCAGGGUCUUGAUCACUGAAGGUCAACUUCAGGUUGGGAGUGGAUGAUCACUCCAUGGAGCAUUUUCUUGCACGAUCAGGUUGUGAGGUCCACUGCUUUGAUCCUAGCCUGGAGCAACCUCACCUACAAAAAGCAGAAAUGUGGUUCCACCGCAUCUCUAUAGACUGGAGGGACCCCAGUCCAGCAAUUGCCCCUAAAAGACAGGCAAGCAAGAAACUGGCCACCAUCCUCGAUGACUUUGGACACAGAGACGUGGAUGUACUAAAAGCAGACAUGGAGAGCGCGGAGUGGAAGAUAUUGGAGAACCUUGUUCUGGAAGGAGUCCUGGAUUCCGUGGGUCAGCUGCUGCUGGAACUUCACCUGCACUGGGCGGGCUUUGAGGUGGCCGGCGACGACCCAUCUGUGGUGCGGUACUGGUUCAGCCUGCUGAAGGAGCUCGAACGAGCUGGCUUUCGCCUCUUUCGCGUCCACAGCGAUCCGAGCACACCUCACCUUUUUUUACACAAGAACAUCUUGAAUGCCAGCAGCGCCUACACCCUGAGCUGGGUGAACGUACGGUGGAAGCCUUCAUGGACGGCACAUAAACAUAAAAAGUUAAUCUUUUAGACUCGGUCUCUGGUCUGUGACGACCUCUCACAUAGAUGAAGUAAUUACUUCCAGAGGCUCUGUGUUUGUUGGCUGCAGGUCAGCCCGAUUUAGACAUUCUUGAAGCCUGGCUCACGGCCAGCCGUUCCAUCUUCAUAAAUACUACGGCCAAAAGACCACACAGGUUGUACAGUGGAUACAAAACAUACAUAUUGUUCCAAGGAGAAGGUAAAUGAAAGAGCCUGCCUCUCUGAAAGUAAGUGAAUAUAAAAAAGAAGCAAUUUGUACUGCCUACAAAAGGCAGAAUGCUAUUUACAAGAAUACAAUCUUUCUCCACACACUUUAUAAGGUACAGCUUGCUAGUAUCUUUUCCUUUUCCCUUCAGAGCAUAGAUUCAGCAAUGUGUCAGAAACAGUCUUCACAGAUUUUCUUGAAUAUUGACAUGACAGCAUCACACAAAUCCUGCUGAGUGGUUGGCUGCACAUCCAUGAUAGGAAUCUCUCGUUCCGCCGCAUCCCAAAUGUGCUCUGUUGGACUGAGAUUUGGUGACUGGCAGAAAGUGGACUACACCGAGAUCAGUGUUGUUAAAGAAACCAGCCUGGGAGGAUUUUAGCUGGGCUACGUGGUACUAAAGUCAUCCACCUCCUACCACCUAGAAAGUGAAAUCACAGUUCCAUGUUAUCUGACCAUCUACCAUCUCAAUGUAAUAGGUCAAGUGGUCUGAUGUUUUCUUGUUUGUUCUCUUUGGUGAACUUGUUCAAACCACGGCCUCAAAUUCUUGUUCCAGCUGGCUGCCACGUCACCAAGUAGGGUCAUCUGAGGCAGCAUCUGCUUGAAGGUUUAAUAUGUGAUGCAUUCAGGGAUGGUAUUUUCCAAUCAAUCGUCAUUUGAGAUACUCUGCCUUGCCAUCCAUCUUGCACUGAUUUUCCUCUGCCAUCAAUGAGGCGUUAUUGUCCAGAUAACUGAAAAAUAUAUCCUGUGGAUUUUUCUAAUCUACCAGCAAGUCAUUCUUCUCAGAUCACUCCUGCUUGUGGCAAGGAACAUUAUCAUGCUUAAAUAGGACACUUCCAGAGGUAAGCACAGUAUCCAAAAAAUUGUACUCAAGUAAGAGAAGCACUACUUCAACAUAAAAGUAAAAGUAAAAAGCAGUCAUCCAAGAAAUUACCCGAGUACAAACCAUAUUUGGUAAAAGGUCUACACAAGUACUGGGUAACUGAUGAAAUUAUCAUUUAAUAUUUAGAAAUGACAUCAUCAGAUGGAUCAAAUAUAAGGUGGGAAGUUAGUAAAUUUAAGGACGAAAAUGACAAUAAUUCAUACAAGUAGCAAAAAC